AUAGCCUCCCUGAAAAUGAACGAGCUGGAAACGGAUGUCCCUCCACUGCCGCCCAGGUACCGGUUCCGGGAUUUACUCUUGGGGGACCAAUCCUUCCAGAACGACGACAGGGUGCAGGUAGAAUUCUAUGUGAAUGAAAACACCUUCAAGGAACGACUCAAGCUCUUCUUCAUUAAAAACCAAAGAUCAAGUUUAAGAAUACGACUCUUUAACUUCUCCCUGAAGGUGCUCACCUGCAUUCUGUACAUAUUCCGGGUUUUACUGGAUGAUCCCACGCAAGGAAUUGGAUGCUGGGGAUGUAUAAAGAGGAAUUAUUCUAACCCAUUACCCGAUGAUGAAAUAGAUUGGGGAUCUAUACUUUGGGUGAACAGACCUCUGCCACUGUGGGGAAUUCAGGUUACAGUGGCCUUAAUUAGUUUCCUGGAGAGUAUGCUCCUCACCUAUUUAAGCUACAAGGGGAAUAUCUGGGAGCAAAUUUUCCGAGUAUCAUUUAUCCUUGAAAUGAUCAACACAGUUCCUUUCAUUAUCACAAUUUUCUGGCCGCCCCUGAGGAACCUCUUCAUCCCAGUGUUUCUAAACUGCUGGCUGGCCAAGCAUGCACUGGAGAACAUGAUUAAUGAUUUGCAUAGAGCCAUUCAGAGGACACAAUCCGCCAUGUCUAAUCAAGUUUCAAUACUGAUUUGUACUCUGCUCUGCCUUGUCUUCACUGGAACAUGUGGAAUUCAGCACUUGGAGAGAGCAGGAGACAAGCUCACCCUUUUCAACUCUCUCUACUUCUGCAUUGUUACCUUCUCUACAGUUGGAUUUGGUGAUGUGACUCCACAGAUCUGGCCUUCACAACUCCUUGUUGUCAUAAUGAUCUUUGUUGCUUUAGUGGUAUUGCCUCUCCAGUUUGAAGAACUCGUUUAUCUGUGGAUGGAGAGACAGAAAUCUGGUGGUAAUUACAGCCGACACCGAGCUCAGACAGAGAAACACGUUGUACUGUGUGUCAGCUCAUUAAAAAUUGACCUGCUGAUGGAUUUCCUCAAUGAAUUCUACGCUCAUCCCAGGCUUCAGGAUUACUAUGUUGUCAUCCUGUGCCCCACAGAGAUGGAUCUUCAGGUGCGCAGAGUGUUACAGAUUCCACUCUGGUCACAGCGAGUCAUUUAUCUGCAGGGGUCAGCUCUGAAAGACCAGGAUCUCAUGAGAGCCAAGAUGGAUGUUGCAGAAGCCUGUUUCAUUCUUAGCAGCCGCAACGAAGUGGAUCGCACAGCAGCGGAUCAUCAGACCAUCUUGAGAGCUUGGGCUGUGAAGGACUUUGCCCCAAAUUGCCCCCUCUAUGUUCAGAUCCUGAAGCCGGAAAAUAAGUUUCACGUCAAGUUUGCAGAUCAUGUCGUUUGUGAAGAGGAGUUUAAAUAUGCCAUGUUAGCCUUGAAUUGCAUCUGUCCCUCCACCUCCACGCUCAUCACCCUAUUGGUUCAUACCUCUAGGGGACAGGAAGGACAACAGUCCCCUGAACAGUGGCAAAGGAUGUAUGGCCGGUGUUCAGGGAACGAGGUUUAUCACAUCAAACUCGGUGACAGCAAGUUCUUUGGAGAGUACGAGGGGAAGAGUUUCACCUAUGCUUCCUUCCAUGCCCACAAGAAGUAUGGGGUGUGCCUGAUUGGUGCAAAGAGAGAAGAUAACAAGAGCAUUUUGCUCAACCCUGGGCCCCGGUACAUUAUGGUUAACUCGGACACCUGCUUCUACAUUAACAUCACGAAGGAAGAAAACUCAGCAUUCAUCUUCAAAGAGGAAGAGAAGCAGAAGAGGAAAGGCCUAAGCUCAGAAGGUAUCUUCAGUGGUGCUUCCAGGCUACCUGUCCACAGCAUUAUUGCAAGUAUGGGUACAGUCGCUAUGGAUCUUCAGAAUACCGAGUGCCACCCAUCCAGUGGUGCCACCUUGAGCUUGCCUACGGAAAAUGGAGCGGGAAAUAGAAGGCCCAGCAUCGGACCUGUCCUUGAGAUUGCCGAUACUGCUGCCAUUUUACCAUGUGACCUCUUAAGCGACCAAUCAGAGGACGAGGCGAAUCCAUCUGAUGAUGACAGCCUACCUGCCCCUGAGUAUGUGAAAGGAUACCCUCCCAACUCUCCCUAUAUUGGAAGUUCUCCAACUCUCUGCCACCUUCUACCUGUGAAGGCUCCAUUCUGCUGUCUCAGGUUAGACAAGGGCUGUAGACACAACAGCUUUGAAGACGCAAAGGCCUAUGGCUUCAAGAAUAAACUGAUCAUUGUGUCCGUGGAGACAGCGGGCAAUGGGCUGUACAAUUUCAUUGUUCCACUUCGGGCAUACUACAGGCCCAGAAAAGAAUUGAACCCCAUUGUGCUGCUGCUCGAUAACCCGCCAGAUAACCAUUUUCUAGAGGCAAUCAGCUGUUUUCCAAUGGUUUAUUUCAUGGUGGGAAGCAUUGACAAUCUGGAUAAUCUACUGCAGUGUGGGAUUAUUUAUGCUGACAACCUGGUGGUUGUGGACAAAGAGAGCACGAUGAGUGCCGAGGAAGAUUACAUGGCUGAUGCCAAGACAAUUGUUAAUGUCCAAACAAUGUUCAGGUUGUUCCCCAGUCUCAGCAUUAUCACAGAAUUGACUCACCCGUCAAAUAUGAGGUUCAUGCAGUUCCGAGCCAAGGACUGUUAUUCGCUUGCACUGUCGAAAUUAGAAAAGAAGGAACGUGAGAAAGGCUCAAACUUGGCAUUCAUGUUCCGUCUCCCUUUCGCUGCUGGAAGGGUGUUCAGUAUCAGUAUGUUGGACACACUACUUUAUCAGUCCUUUGUUAAAGAUUACAUGAUCCCAAUUGCACGGCUGUUGCUGGGACUUGACACCGCUCCAGGCUCUGGUUAUCUUUGUGCUAUGAAAAUCACAGAAGAUGACUUGUGGAUCCGAACAUACGGCAGACUCUUUCAGAAGCUGUGCUCUUCAAGCGCUGAAAUUCCAAUUGGGAUUUACAGAACCGAGUCACACAUGUUUUCCACAUCCGAACCUCAUUUAUCUCAGUCUCAGAUCUCAAUCAAUGUCGAGGACUGUGAAGACACCAAAGACAUGAAAGACCCUUGGGGGGGAAAGUGUCAUCGGAACUCAACUUCAAGCGAUCAAUCAGAGCACCCAUUGCUGAGACGCAAGAGCCGGCAGUGGGCCCGCAAACUGAGCAGGAGAGGAAACAGGCAGACUAGUAAAACAGAUGAAAAGAUAGACCAACAGAGACAGGACCUGUAUCAUCGAUCAGAAAGGCAAGAGUUGUCAGAACUGGUGAAAAACAGAAUGAAGCACUUGGGUUUGCCCACUACGGGAUAUGACGAGAUGAACGACCAUCAGAAUACAUUAUCCUACAUUCUGAUUAACCCUCCUCCUGACAUUCGACUGGAGCUGAACGAUAUCGUGUACCUGAUACGCUCAGACCCGUUGGCCAAUGUUCAAAAUGGUUCCCAUAGCCAGAAAAGCAGCUCAGAUAGGUUCUUCCCUUCUAAUGAAGAGACAAAGAAUGAAACACAGUUAUGA